AUGCUUGAUUUAACAACAAAAUAUAAUGAUGUCUCAUCGAAAUCAGAAACAUUAGAAGACACAUAUAAGAAACAACGAAUUACACUCAAAGAAUCAAAAAGAAGUAGAGUUUUUUAUGAUCAAUUGUCCGAUGCAAAAGCUUACACGAAAUUCUUUGCAAAACGCUUGGAAAAGAUGAAACUGGAUGUUGAAGAUUCCCGUGAUGAAAUUAUUUUCUACAUUCGUAAAGCAAAAAAGAAAUUUGCAAAAUAUUUCAUGACUGUUGAAAAGAAUCAAAAAGAAGACUUAGAAUUAUAUCAAAACAAACUAAAGAAAAAAGUGCAAGCUUUCAAAUCCAUACAAUCUUCAGUAGAAGUUGCAAAAGAAAGAAAUAUUUUAAUUUUAAAUCUUUUUCAACAGCAUCUUACUGAUGUUGACAAUAGAGUAACUCUAUCGAAAGCUAAAUGCGAUGAAAUCCAACAGAAAAUUGUAAAAUUAGUAUCAUUGCGUUCUUCUAACUUAAUGCGUGACUUUUUGAAGGAAUUAGUCAUCAAAUCACGUAUGAAAGAGAUCAGCAACGCUUUUAUUCAGUACUGCAAAUCAGAAGAAGGAACUUCUUUAAAUUAUGAAGAUAAAGAAAUUCAAAAGCUGCAAAAUGAAAUUAAAGCACUGGAAGAAGAAACAAAUAAUGCUCAGAGAUUGGAACUUCAAAACCAGGUGGCAAUGCUUGAUAAAGAAUUGCUGGAAAAUUGA